AUGCUCACUCCAAAGCUUCUUUUCGCCGCCAAUGGUACGAAGAUACAAACCUUUGGAGAAAAACGUAUAACAUUGUCGCUGGGAUUGGGACGGAACUUCGUUUGGACCUUCGUAUUAGCUGACGUCAGCUGCGCUAUCAUUGGAGCCGAUUUCCUUCAACAUUUCGACUUACUCGUCGAUAUGAAACGACGCAAACUCAUCGAUCGAGCUACGCUGCACGAAUCAACAUGUCACGCGCCUCAACGUAAAAUCAACGCGAUUUUAUCCUACGACACGAGCAACCAAUACGCUAGGUUGCUUCACGAAUACCGCGAUCUCGCAACGAUCAACUCGAACCGGCUGCCAGCAGAGUCCGAAGUAACGCACUUCAUCUCGACCAACGGCCCGCCUACUCACGCCCGUGCCCGACGACUAGCGUCCGACAAACUCAAAGCCGCACAAACUGAGUUCUUCUACCUCAUCGAAAAUGGAAUAUGUCGCUAG